AUGAUCGCCGCCGAAAACACCAAGCUCUUCACCCCCGUCCGCAUCGGGCCCUCGCAGCUCGAGCACCGCGUCGCCAUGGCGCCGCUCACCCGCUUCCGCGCCACCGCCGACCACGUCCCCACCGAGCUGGCCGUCACCUACUACGCGCAGCGCGCGGCCGUCCCCGGCACGCUGCUGCUCAGCGAGGCGACGUACCCCUCCUACCGCGCCGCGGGCUACGCCAACGUCCCCGGCCUGUGGAACGACGAGCAGCUGAAGGCGUGGAAGAAGGUCACUGAUGCCGUGCACGCCAAGGGCAGCAAGAUCUGGUGCCAGAUGUGGGCGCUGGGCCGCGUCGCCAAGCCUAUUGGUUCUACUAAGGCGGCGAACUUCGACGAGGCGUACCCGUACGAGAAGUACCUGGUGGCCCCCAGCGCGGUGCCGGCAGGCGAGGGGUACGAUACGCCGAGGGAGUUGAGCGAGGAGGAGAUUUGGGGGUUCGUCGGGGAUUUCGCGACGGCGGCGAGGAAUGCGGUCGAGGUUGCCGGGUUCGAUGGCGUUGAGAUUCACGGAGCGCAUGGCUACCUCGUCGACCAAUUCACCCAAGACACCUGCAACAAGCGCACCGACGCCUGGGGCGGCAGCAUCGAGAAGCGGUCGCGCUUCGCGCUCGAGGUGUGCAAGGCCGUCAGCGCCGCCAUCGGCCCGGAGCGCCUGGGCAUCCGCCUCUCCCCGUGGAACACGGUGCAGGGCAUGCGCAUGGCCGACCCCGUCCCGCAGUUCACGCACCUCAUCCAGGGCCUGACGGCGCUCAAGCUCGCCUACCUGCACCUCGUCGAGCCGCGCGUGCACGGCGUCCUCGACAUGAAGCCCGCCGACGGCGAGACGCUCGAGUUCGCCCUCCGCGCCUGGGGCAAGGAGCGUCCCGUGCUGAUCGCCGGCGGUUACACGCCCGAGCUGGCGGUCGAGGCCGUCGAGAAGACGUACAAGGACUACGAUGCGGUUAUCGUGUUUGGCCGCAGGUUCAUCAGCACGCCGGACCUCGUGUACCGCGUCAAGAAGGGCAUCGAGUGGGCGCCGUACGACCGCAAGAGCUUCUACAUCGACCACCGCAAGGUGAAGGAUAUCGCGACGGGCUACAUUGACUACCCUUACUCCAAGGAGUUCAUCGCCGAGUAUGGAAGCCAAGAUGAUACCACUGCCCCGACGGCGAGGCUGUAG